AUGCCCCGCAAUCAUAACACAGGAGCCUCUACUCUCCGCAACCGCAAUCGCAUCACCAAUAAGACCCGGUUGCGAAUCCUCGAAGGCAGCAUCGAUGCCGAUCCGCUCGUGCUCGAGGAGGAUGAAGAGAAGGCCCGGGUUGUGUCUACAGCUGGUGUGGACGCUGAGGACGCCAAUGAACACCACCUGCAGGCUGUCUUGUCGGCGGCGUCUAAGCGUCACCAGGCCUUUGGAGGACAUACGAUCAGAAGUGCUACGGACAAGGCCGAGGCGCCUGUCAAGGAGGCCUACAUCCCAGUUCCCGAUUCUACAGGGGUCGCUGAUAACUACGAAGAACUCUACCCUCCUGGACGUUGGACAGAUCCAUCCAGCUAUGUGCGCACUUCAGAGACUGUCGAGGAGGGUAUCGACAGUGCCCUGGUUGACGAUUUCACGUACUUCAUGGAUGAACGGGACAAGGAGUGGCUCGACAAGAAUAAUGAGGAAGCUCGCGGGGAAGGGACCAGUGUUCAGGGUGCCCUCGCUUCCGGCACCACGACGCGAUCUGGUUCGUCUCAGCGGAGCGCGAAGGCGAAAGGCAAGGAACCCGAUGUACCGCAGCCGGUCCCUAUAACCGAGGACGAGUUUGAGUUGGUUAUGGGUGUCUUCGAGAAAGUAACGCACGAGAAGACCGAGUUUCUCCACCAUAGUCUACAAACUGGCAUGGCAUUCCCUGCGUUCACGGAGUAUCAGGAGACAUUCUCCACCGAAUUGCGACCUGCUAUGUUCGCGUCUUUCACUGUGCCUACAUGGGCUCCACGUCACCCGCGGCUUCUGAGUAUUGCUACAGCGGUAUACCCGCAUUGGCGAGAGCGACGGCUUGAACGCGAAGGCCGGAGGAUCAUUCCCGUGCUCAAUUUCGACGAGCAAGACGUCAAAAACGAGUCCUACAUCUGCUUCCGACGCCGCGAAGUCAAACAAACCCGCAAGACUCGUGCUCAGCAGAUAUCGUUUUCCGAUAAGCUGUUCCGCCUCCAAGAAGAAAUGGGCAGUGCUUUCGACCUGGCCAACCAUAUCCUAGUUCGGGAGAACCAGAAGAGAGACCUGGCUCGGCAUGGUCAAGCUCUAUGGGACAUGCGUGCUGCGUUCGUUGACCUGAAGCGAAAGUUCCCCACACUCGGCACCAAGGACGAUGACGAACUCCUCGUGGACAAGGAACGGCCUCCUAAGCGGCCUAAGCAAACUGACACGGCACGUAUUCGAUUCCGCGCUCAAGCUGCGGACUCUGGUUCGCCUGCAACUCCGCACGAGAUCCAGAUGAGACCGAAGGAACGGUAUGGUCAGAUUAUGAACUUCAUCGAAUCUGCAUUGGCGCGACAGAAGGAGAGGGACUCUUCUUGGGAAGAUGGAAUCGACAAUCCGUAUCAGAGAGUACCAGUCACCGUAUCACAGCGCGCUUUCAAGUGGUUCCCUGUUCCUGAAUACGACCCCGCCUCUAAUCAGCCACCUUCGACUCGUCGUCACAUCGCUCUUCGUGCGCGCAUGGGACGGGGUGGCCGACAGCACAUCGACCGGCGCUUGCAUUUGCGACCAUCCCUCAGGCCAGGUGCCAGCUUUCUUAGUCAGCCACAGCGAGAUGUCGACAGAGAUAACGCCGACGAAGAGGAACGCACAUGGCGAAUGCGUGAACGAUGGAUGAACGAUGGCGACGAUUAUCCUGGCAUUGGAUCCGAAGGGCCGGACGAGCAAGACCGCACUCUCGUGGACGACUAUCAGCAUUCGCAUCUCCUCUACUCUAUGACCCUUCUCUACGAUCAAGACCACAACACUUUGUCGACAGAUGCGACCAUCCCCAUCACAUUGCCAGACGGUCGUCAGCACGCUGCUACGCCGUUCAAGUUGGGUCCCCAACCCCCCAUCAUGCGCGGCGGUGUGAUUCAGAGACCUCCUCCGACACUACCCGCAUCUCUAUCCUCGCAUGUUGCUACAAUACAAGCGCAGAAUCCCAUGAAGAGGCUACCACCCGCCGCUCUCGCGCAUACCCGCAUAUCUUCAAAUGGCGGCAUGCGACCUCCUGCUGCUACCAAUUCUCUUGGCAACGUAGCAACGUCGCCUCCUGCGUCGAAUGGCGUCAUUGCGGCAGAGAUCAAUCCGAGGACAGCAGGAUCGCCGGCUAAACCCUCUGCCAUGCUUGAUGUUGAAGAGCUAUCUGUUAACGGCAGUAACCCUGCGUCUCGCUCAGCUUCUCCGGUUCGACCGAAGUCCACCAGUCAGCAUCUCGGGGUAGCCAACGUCAACGGGUUCAAUAUGCCAGUCGCCAAUGGCUAUCCCAUCACAACGAACAACGGGAAUGCCUAUAUCCCUCAAACAAAUGGCCCAUCUGGUUUGAGCCCUCAACAAGUACAGGGGCUUAAAUCUGCUUUUGCGAUGCCAGUCAGUCAGGACCUCGCUAUGCGGUCAGGAUUUCCGGCACAGGGUAUUGCUACUGCGACUAGCAACGCUUCUGUGACGCAUGGUCCAUUGAACCUGAAACUUCCGCAGUCGCGUCAAAUGCAACAGAUGCAAUGGCUUGCUGGCAAUCAUCGCCAACCGAGUGGGGAGUUGAACGGGACCAACGGUCUGCCUUCUCGAAGUCCAACCCUCUCCCACGCCGUAGCGAAUGGGGUCAUAUCGCAUGCUCCCGCUGGAGGGUUGCGAAGUACUCCUACGAUGGCGCAUGUAAUGGCUGCCGGUCAAGGUCGUGCGUCACCAGGCAAUAGCCAUGCGUCUAUGUCUCCCCACAUGCAGAACGCGUCGCCUGUGCCAGUGAUCGCCUCGUACUCGUCUCCUCAGUCAUCAUCUCCACCGCGACCGCCUUCUCAGGCACCUCUCGCUCUAUCACCCUCGAUGCAGCAUCAACUCGCCUCUCCCUUGCCCCAACAACACAUGGUCGCGCAAGGUGUACAGGGGACAGGCUACUGA